AUGUUAAGCUUUGCAUCUGGGCUUAUAACAAAAACCAACGACAUGAACAGUGCCAAUAAAUUCUGGGAUGCAAUUUUUGAAGAGCCCUUAGAUCAAGUUGGUGUGAGACACUUGCAGCUUGUCGUUUCCUGUAUGGAAGAAAGAGGUGAAUACAAGGAUUCUGAAUGUUUUAACGAAUUAAUAAACCACAUAAUAAGCAUCAUAGUAUGCGCUACGUUUAAAACGCUUGAAAUUGUACUCACUCAUAUAAUGGAUACAUUACGCAAGAGUCCCUUCAUUGUCAAUGAAAAAAAACUAAUCCAAACCUUCACCAAUCUUCUUCGUACUGGCGAACCUCAAAAACAACAGUAUGUUAUCUUCCUGAUAACAGAAUUACCAAAUUUCAAGCUACCCAGAGAUUUAAAAGACUUACUACUGGAAGCAACAUUGCAAGGUGAAGACUAUGGUAUCAAACGAGAGGCGUCUGCGGCACUCCGUAAGAUUAAUGAAAUAGAACCGAUGGAUGACAUAAUUCAAGCGCUAGUGAUCACAACAAAGGGUAUGAUGCCUGAUGCCGCAGCGACGGCAUAUGAUACGCUAUGUCAGAUAUACGAGAGGGCACCAGGGAAUGUCCUCAAAAUAUUGACAAACAUGCUCAGAGAUAGAAAUGCGGCCAUCCGGCAAGGAGCACAGAGACCCCUCAUUAAGAUAAGUGAAGCAGCAGCAUCAGAUGAUAUGAUCAGCAAACUAAUGCAGGUUAUGGAAGAUCCGAAUCCUGAUAUCCGAAUGACAGUCUGUGACACUCUCAUUCAGGUCAGUAAUAACGCUUCUACGAAUAGAACGACUGAAGCGUUAGUGAGUGCGCUAAAAAAUACCAAUGAUGAUAUCAAAAUCAUGGCAUGUGCAGCUCUUGGUAACAUGAGUGAAAAGGCAAUACGAGAUGAUGUGAUCACAGCGUUGAUCAAAACUUUAGCUAAUCCGAAUCGUAAAGUAAUACGAACAGCAUGUGAAACUCUCGGUAAGAUCGGUGACAAAGCAAUACGCGAUGAUGUGAUCACAGCAUUGACCAAAGUUUUGACUGAUCCAAAUCCUGAAUUAAUGCAGAAGGCAUGUGAAACUCUCAUUAAGAUGGGUGAAAAAGCCGCGCGGCUUAAUGUGAUCCAAGCACUUGUGACUGCAAUGUCAAACACCGAUCCUAAUGUCAAAGCUAUGGCAUUUGAAACUCUCGGUAAGAUCGGUCAAAAAGAAGCAAGUGAAGAUGUAAUCAGAGCAUUGGCUCAGGCCAUGAAAGAUCCGGUUUUUGGUGUGAGAUGGGCAGCAUCCACAGCUCUUGGUAAGAUCAGUGAAACAUCAGCAACGAAUAACGUCAUCAGACCACUUGUGUAUGCGCUAGGAAACACUGACUCUAAUGUCGCAGCUACAGCGUACGAAGCUCUCAUUAAGAUGGGUGAAAAACCAAUCCGAGAUGCUGUAUUCGAAGAAUUAAUAAAUGCGCUAAGAGAUAGAGAUGAGAACGUUCAACGAGGAGCAAAGCUAGCUCUUAUUAAGAUAAGUGAAGUAGCAGCACCAGAUGAUAUGAUCAGCAAACUGAUGCAGGUUAUGGAAGAUCCGAAUCCUGAUAUCCGAAUGACAGUCUGUGACACUCUCAUUCUGGUCAGUAAUAACGCUUCUACGAAUAGAACGACUGAAGCGUUAGUGAGUGCGCUAAAAAAUACCAGUGAUGAUAUCAAAAUCAAAGGUGAAAAAGCGGCACGGUCUGAUGUGAUCCAAGGGCUUCUGAAUGUAUUGCCAACCAUCGAUGUUGAUGUCAAGUGUAUGGUAUGGAAAAUUGUUAGUGAGAUGGGUGAAAGGGCAGUACAAGAUGAUGUGAUCAAAGCGCUAAUCGAGGCUUUGGCUGAUCCGAAUUAUAAAUUAAUACAGGCAGCAUGUGAAGCUCUCACUAAGUUGGGUAAAGGAGCAGCAUGGCAUAAUGUGAUUGAAGCACUGAUAUAUGCGCUGGGAAAUGCGAAUUAUUAUGUUCGAGGGACAGCAUGUAGAACAUUAGGUGUGAUUGGCGAAAAAGGAAUAACGGAUGAUAUGUUCCAAACUCUAGUAGCUGCAAUGUAG